CAUAAAUAAUUUUACAACAUGCCACUGAAAAAGGAAAAGACAAAAACUAAACCUCCAGCAGAAAAGGAAUAUACACUGUUAAGUCUAGAAGAAAUGAAAAUCAAGGAGCACAAAUACACCAACCGAUUAAUGGAGUUAAGAAAAUGUCUCAAUUUCGUUGACGAUGCCCUCCUUAAAAUCUCCACCUUCAAUGAAGAACAAUUACUUCAAGAUAAAUGGCUAGAUUUUGUUACAUGCAACCCUCUACCUAAACCCUAUUUACCAACCGAUAUACGACUAUUCUAUAGCAAAUUGAAAUAUUGGGAAAAUGUGAGCAAAGAAAAUGCCAUAAAUUGGCUAUUAUCGGUGAAUGAAAGAAGUCUGCUAACGCAAGAUAUAUAUCGGCAUGAUUUGACACGUAGCAAACUAAAUGUGGAUUUAAAGGAAAAUAUUGCACAAGAAUAUAAUAGUUAUAUUAAGGAUUCUUUAAAAAUUUUAUAUAGAAUAGAAUAUUUUCUAGAUAAUGAUGUAGAAGUGGCUAAAUGUCCCCUAAAUAUUCUGCAUGAUAUAGUGGCACGUAAAUUGGCUGUACAGGAGGAGAUAAUGAAUUUUAUGGAUCGUUAUACUUAUCGCAUAAUAAGUUCGGAAAAAGCUCAAAUGAAAUCUAUAGAUGCCAUUUCUGCUGAAUAUUACUAUAAUGCUGACAGCUUUCGAAUUCACAUUUGGUGUUUAAAAAACGUUGCAUUAAGAAUUCAACAUUUAAGUGAACCUCGCCUACUGGCAAAUUUCCACUCAAUCAAACUUCUCCUACAUAUACCCUCCAAGAUGUUGCGAGAAAAUCUUGUCAUUCGAGCACUUCACAUGGACUUUGAUCAUCUGAGUGAGAGUGCUAAAAGUUUCAAUCAAACCAUUACAGUUUCUACAGAAAAUCUUAAUGCUGGUAUCGUGGAUCUGCAUGAGUGUCUGGCCAAAGAAUGGAUCAUGCAGUUGGAGAUUCAAGACAGAAAACGCAAUGAAAUGAUACAAGCACGUAUGGAAUAUGAAGAAAAAUUAAGACAAUAUGAAGAGCAAAUGGAAAAGAAAAAAGGUCGUAAUAAAGAUGAAAAUGCAACUAAAAUUAAAAACAAAAUUGCAAAACCCACAAAGGAACCACCCUUUGUGGCAAAUGAUAUGUUUCCCGAUACCUAUGAAGAGUUUUUGGAGGAGGAACAAAAACAGUAUGAACAUUUUAUUCAAACAGUGUAUAAGCCAGAAUUGCUAGAUUUAUCUACAGAUGAGAUUAAUCUUAAGAAAUAUUUAAUAUUAGGCGGUAUCUAUCAAUUGUAUUAUGUGGAAAAGCCUAUACACUUUGAUUUGAAUACUUUCAAUAUGACUUGGCAUCAUAAUGAGGGGCAAAUAGUUGUGGAUAAAAAUGUUAGCAUACCCACCUCACGUGAGCCUAACCAAUUGUUAAAGGACAUUACUAAACAUUCUCAAGUGGAAACAGCUAAACCCUUAACUAAGCGUAUGACUAUUUUUGAAGCGGAGAAUUUGAACACAGCAACUGAUAUGGAAUCUCCUUGGUUUAUUGUGACCAUACAAUUGCCAGAAUAUCUUUGUUAUUGGGAUGAGCCUAUAGCAUGCCAUUUUGAAACCAUAGUUGAGCAAAAACAGAAUAAGGUGGAACAGUUACAAGAACCCACUGAAAUAGCGAAAUCAAAAAAGAACUUACAAAAAGUUAAAACCGAACAACAGCCAUUAAUAGAGUCAAAAGCUCCACCAAUUUUAGUAAAUCCGAGUACAGAUAAUACAUUAGAAUCAUUUGUUCAAACAGAUUUUAGCCUCCGGGAUACUGCCACGGCAAGUUUUAUAUUGAAAACAAAACGUUUAACUGCCAGUCAACGAAUAUCAAAUGCAAGUUUCUUUAAAGGUUCUUUGGCGAAUUCACUUUUACAAAAGAAUAGUAAUGAGGAAAUAAUCCGGUCCAGUACCGGUACUUUACACAUAAAUGACUUUCCCUUAACAUCAUACAACUUAACACUACCUCAAAUUAGACAUAUGGAAAGACAUAUAGUACCACGUAUUAUUUCAUCUUAUAAAUUUCCCAAAGAAGUUCGCCAAGAGGAAAUGGAAGUCUACAAUAAGAAGCCCAAAGGUAAAGGUGGUAAAAUAAUACGUAAGAAGAUCGACGAUUUUCAGCAUAAAUUAUCGAAUAGACAAUUUACUUUUACUAAUAUGCAAAAUAAACCCGAGAGAAUAUUUGCCACAUAUGCCAAAGUAGAACCCCUGAGCAUUGUUUCACAUUUAAGGGAAACAAAUCUGAAUAAUGACCAAGAAGAACCAGAAACCUUUGCCCAACUACUACAGAUUGUAAGUAACAUUAAGAAAAAAUACCGUUUGCGUAUGCGUCAGAUAUGGGAUUUAAAACCAUUUGAGUCUGAAAUCGUAACCCAUAAUAAGCGCAUAAAGCUAAUGCAAAGAAAAAAGGAACUUUUAGCUGUGACCUCAUCUAUAAAAGGCUCUAGUAUAAAUACAUCACGUAGUACAAUGACCUCACGCCGAAACACUAAGCCUUCAGCUGAUAAGUCUAUGAAAGAUGAUAGAAAAUCUAAACAGUUAUUAAUGGAAAAACAAUCACUAAAGCCAGAAAAGUUGGUGGAGACUGAAGAUUCCAAAACGAACUAUUCAGCUGAAGAGAAUUUGUUGCUCAAAGAAGACAGUUCAGAGAUCACUUUAGAUAUAAAAGAAAAGCAAGAAGACAAUGAAUCUGCAUCAUGUACUUAUUCACAUUGGACUACAAAAUAUAUAUUGAAAUCGGAUUAUGAUAGAGAAAAUCAUAAGAUAAUUUUACACACUAGUCGUUUGGGUAAUUUCGGUUUUGCUUUCAAACGCUAUGAACACUUCCCUUUUAAAUACUGGAGCAUGGAACCCAGUGAAACUGAUCCUGAAAAUGAGGUCAUCUUCACACUAGACACUCAAUAUGUAAGAUGUGUCUUAAACAUCACUGCCAAUGGUAUACGAGGACACGUCACCGAACCCUCCAAAACAUACAUUCGUAACCCUAAAAUGUAUUUGGUCAUUGAAAAGCCGCUCAACGAUUACAAGGAAUUUAAAAAACUCUUUAAGGCAAAACAUUUGAAUAUUUUUGCUGAACAUGAUGCCAGUUUUUAUAUAGAAAAUGGUUACUUUUCCGAGAAACAUUUAGCAAAUGAAAUGCAUACGUAUUGUUGUAUGGCUGUUCACAGCACACAAAUGAGAUUCAAUUUCUCACAAUGGAAUCGUUUAGCUAAACGACGUGAUAUUAUAUUACAUUUUCAGCAAUACAAAGAUUUAGCGGAAAAUCUCGUUGAAGUGCGUCUUAUGCCAGGUGAGGCAUAUUUCGUGGAAAUACAAGAGUUAUGUUCGGAGGAUUUAAAUGUUAUAAAAUUAGAUUAUAAUUUAACCUGGAGAAAUAUUGAAUCUUAUAGCGAUUUACAUCAUUUGAUUGUUGCCAUGUAUCCAGCUGCCACUGACUUGCGUUGUAAGAAUCCGAAAUUGAUAUGUUGUAUCAAGGAUUUGUUGAGUGAAAUAAGACCUUUAAGUUUUUCAUAGAAGAAUUUUAUA